UUUUGUGUUUAUUUACUUAUAUUUGGUGUAUUAUUGCAUUAAAUAAAAGCUGAUAGAUUUAACUAGAGUUUAUUUAUGGAUAUAGUUCCGAUCUGUCGAGUAUGCCUCAAAACUUCAUUAUCCUAUAUAGAUCUGGAGACUCCUUUCGAGCAAAGCAAUCCUGAGAGCUUCCACUUGGAGACUCAUCAAUCAAGCAUGUUUACUACAUAUAUGGAUUGCUUCCGAACUUGUACGCAAUUAGCAGCAGCUGAUCGAGAGGAGGAAAUGCCUCAAAGUAUUUGUGAACAAUGCGGGUUUGAAUUAGAUGUUGCUUGGAACUUCAUUAAGAAAUCUGUAUAUGCAGAUACAAUUUUAAAAGGUAGCCUAGAAAGCAAAGAAAAUGUAAGCAUUGUGCUUCUUGGUGAUUUUGAAGAAUAUGAAACAGAAUUCGAAGUAGCAGAUGAGGAAGUAUUGUCAUCAGUCAGCGAUGAUAAAAAUGUCGUAACAACUUUAAAAGAGGAGGAAGAUGGAAAUGACAAUAUAACCACGCAAGAAACGGAAAACCAAGCGUUGAUGGUGCUUUGUUUACAUUGUGGCUCUUAUUUUAACCCGAAAUUUGAGCAUAGCCAUAAUACAAGCUCUCCUAUUUUAUCAAUAAAACUAAUCGAAGAGGACUCUUUGAAUAGAAACUUGAAUAUCGAUUAUUCAGAAAAUAAUGAAAAGGAUAAUGAUUCGCUGAAUGAAACGAUAACAAAUGAAUCUGCACCAUUAAUAGAAGCCGAAAAGCAUUCCAUCUUGGAGUUAAUGGACGUUGGCAUAGAUGGUGGAAAUAUAACCCAUGAGAGUUUCGAAGAGGAUGAUGUUAAUACAGAGAAAAUCAUCAUCGAUGAUAAUGAAAUCGAUUUGAACUCUGCCUUCUACUGUUCAACUUGCCUUCAAUCAUUUGAAACUCGUCGAAAGCUAUUGCUUCAUUCUCGAACUCAUAAAGCCUUUGAUGGAAAAGCUUCUAUUUGCAAAAUUUGCCAUCAAAAAGUAACUAAAGGAGAAACAAUACGUCAACACAUAAAAAACAAUCAUUCGAAGAUUAUACAGUGCAGUGAAUGUGAAUAUCGAUGUCUGGAAGUUAAAAUGGAAGACCAUGUGCGUCGAACUCACGACAAUUCGAUUACCUACCCUUGUAACUUUUGCGAUAAAACGUUCUUCUCUCAGACCUUAUUAAAUACGCAUCAUAAGUACCACCAACGCAAAGAAGUUAGUGUCAAAUCUGAUGCCUGUCAAAUAUGUGGUAAGCGAUUUUCCACACAACACUACCUGCGCUUGCAUUGUGAUGUACAUCGUAACGAGCGACAACUUCACCAAUGUGACUAUUGCGAUAAAGUUUAUGUCAGUAAAGUAGCUCUGGAAAAUCACAUCCGCCUUCAUAAAGGCGAUACAAUAAAUUGUGAUCAAUGCGGGAAGCAAUUUGUACGCCAAUAUGAAUUAAAUGUACACAUGCGAUUCCAUACUCGAGAGUAUCCGUUUGAAUGUGAAGUGUGCGGAAAAAAAUUCGCUAUAAAAGGGCACCUGCGCACACACAUGUGGAGACACCAAGGAUUGAAGCUACAAUGUGAAGAAUGUGGAAAGCUAUUCACUUCAACAAAAGCUUUGCAAGAACAUUCUUUUGUACACAGCGAAAUGCCUUUUCCGUGCAGUUAUUGCGGGCGGGGAUAUCCCUCCAAACAAAAAUUUAAAGUACACCUUAAAUCGACGCAUCUUAUUGAUCUGACAGAAGAGGAACUUCUUAAAGUUACAAAAUUACAAACACCGAAACCUUUACAUAGAAAAAAACUUACUUUAGUACAAGCGGACAGUGUUAUGAAAGAGAUUGAAGUAAAGGAUAGUGGUGGAGAUGUGGCAAACGACAUAGAGGAAAUGUUGGUUAAACUUAAUUGAUACUUAUGUUUGAGAAUAAAUAAAUGUAAUUGAAAUCUAAA